AUGGAGCAAGAUCACAUUGCUGCGCCUCUCCCCCACGACAUCCACGAUGUCCAGGAUGAUACCCUUGUUGGCUUCGAUGGACCUAUGCAUAUCAGGAGUGAAUCAGGCGGUCAUGAACCUCAUCAUCGGCAAUCGCAGUCUCUCGACCGAGGACUAGCUAACAGCGCGCGUACCGAUGACAUCGACCCCAACACUAUCGACUCAAACGCUGUCGACCCCAGUACUCAGUUCGAGGCUCAUCCAUAUGAGCCUCCUGCGCAGUCCAUGUCGAGACCUGCUUCAUCAUCCGGUCCUGGCGAAAGGCUCUAUACCGGCGAGGCUCCGAGGGAGAGCAACGGUGCAGAUCGCAAUACUCGAAAUCACGUCGUGAUCAAGGUCGGAAUGGUGGGGGAUGCGCAGAUCGGGAAGACAUCUCUGAUGGUAAAAUAUGUUGAAGGUAGUUGGGACGAGGAUUAUAUUCAGACGUUGGGUGUCAACUUCAUGGAGAAGACGAUCAGCAUACGAAAUACCGAGAUAACAUUCAGCAUAUGGGAUCUAGGCGGCCAGAGAGAAUUUGUCAACAUGCUUCCCCUAGUUUGCAACGAUGCCGUUGCCAUACUGUUCAUGUUCGACUUGACGCGCAAGAGUACGCUUAAUAGUAUCAAGGAGUGGUAUCGCCAGGGACGAGGCUUCAAUAAGACGGCGAUUCCUAUUCUGGUAGGGACGAAAUACGACCACUUCGUUAACUUCCCGAGGGAGGACCAGGAGGAGAUUUCGAACCAGGCAAAACGGUUCGCCAAGGCGAUGCGAGCUGCUCUUAUCUUUAGCAGUACUAGCCAUAGCAUCAACGUCCAGAAGAUCUUCAAGAUAGUCUUAUCAAAGGCCUUUGACCUCAAGUGCACAAUACCUGAGAUUGAGAAUGUUGGCGAGCCCCUCCUGCUCUACCAGUCGGUCUAA